UGCAACGUGGCGCGCUGGCCCCUCCCAGUCAUUGAGUCUGUGCCGACCAAUCAGAAGCUGCGGGCUGGCGGCGGCGGCGGGAUGUGUCCGGGCUCCCCAUUGGCUGAGGGCAGGAUCCCAUCCCUGCUCGGAUCAAUUCCUGUGCUGCUGUGAGGAGGAGGAAGAUGGAGCCUCAUAGACUUUUUUACCUCUUGCUACUGUGUGUCGGAGAAAUCCUCGCCAAACCCACGUUCCGUAAGGAGAGGAUCCGCCUUGACCCAGAUCUCAAUGCACAGGUCCACGAAGAGAACCAGAGCUUCCAAAUGGAUCAUGAGGCUUUCCUUGGGAAGGAUGAAGCCAAGACUUUUGACCAGCUCACUCCAGAAGAAAGCAAAGACAGACUGGGCAAAAUAGUUGAUCGUAUAGACAGUGACAGCAAUGGGUUAAUCAGCACGGAGGAGUUGACUGCGUGGAUUAAACGGGUUCAGAAAAGAUAUGUCUAUGAAAAUGUUGCCCGUGUUUGGAAGGACUAUGAUGUCAAUAAAGACAACCAUAUAUCAUGGGAAGAGUACAAGCAAGCCACCUAUGGCUAUUACUUGGCAAACCCUGAAGAGUUCCAAGAUGCAGCCGAGCAAUUCAGCUUCAAGAAAAUGCUUCCCCGUGAUGAAAGGAGGUUUAAACAAGCCGAUAUCAAUGGUGAUCUCGAAGCGAAUCGAGAAGAAUUCACUGCUUUCCUUCACCCAGAAGAAUUUGAGCACAUGAAGGACAUAGUUAUAUUGGAGACCCUGGAAGACAUUGACAAAAAUGGAGAUGGAUUGGUUGAUGAAGAUGAAUAUAUUGAGGACAUGUUUUCUCAUGAAGAGGGUACUCCAGAACCCGACUGGGUAGCCACUGAAAGGGAACAGUUUUCAGAUAUUCGUGACCUUAACAAGGAUGGAGUCAUGGACAAAGAUGAAAUCCGACACUGGAUCCUGCCUCAAGAUUAUGACCACGCACAGGCUGAAGCCAGGCAUCUAAUAUACGAGUCCGAUGCCAGCAAGGAUAAAAUGUUGACCAAAGAUGAGAUCUUACAGAAUUGGAAUAUGUUUGUGGGGAGCCAGGCCACCAACUAUGGAGAAGACCUCACCAGAAAUCAUGAUGAGUUGUGAGGAGAUGAAAAGAACUUUGAUCUCUACAUAUAUAUAUAUAUAAUUUUUUAUUUUUUUUUCCUCCUUCACUUGACGUACUAUAUUUUAGUAUUUGCACCAUCACAAACUAUACUCAUUACCUCAGAAUGGGUACAAUUACCCAACAUUUUAGUUUUGAAAGAGAUCUAUGAACAGAUUUUAAUGUGAUUUAAAAGCAAGCUGUAGAGUUUUUUUUUUUUUUUUUUUUUUUGAGGGGGGGGGUGAUGAGGUGUUUGUAAAUUCUUUUUUUUUUGUGUUUUUUUUUUAUUUUUUUUUUCUUCACUUAAAUAUAAUGUGUUAAAGCAAUAGUGGCAGUAAUUGUGUUUUGUGAAUAUUAAGGUUAAUAUUUUUUUAAUGCCUUUUUAGCCAUGUACAUAAAUCUCUUUAUAAAAGUAUUGUCAGUUUUGCAGAUAUUUUUUUUUUUUCUGUUGCUGAAUAUUGCGGCCGGAGAUUUGUACGUAACAAUAUUACAUUAACACCAGUAUUUUUUUAUUAAAGUUUUUGUAAGAAAUAUUCUGCUUUUGUUCUUUACAAGGCGAUGCAAAUAACUUAAGAAGCUGGCAAAAAAAUAAAUGUAUAA